AGGAGGGAGGGGAGCCGCUUCAGUCAUGUGCUCGGCCGGUACCUUCCUCUGCUGGGUUGCAUAAGCAGCGACUGCAGGAGAGAGCGUGGAUGCUGCAGAGACCCGGUGGUAGACAUCAGCUGCGUCUGUCAUGCUGGUCACAUGGUGGUGGCUGUACCUCACAGCUCGGGACGUUGUGCUACAGUGCAAGUAUCUCUCAUCCUGUGUAUGUCUGCUCAAGCCCUGAGAAUGGCCUCCGUCCUGCAGAAGCUGAUCACUCCUCUGUUGACGGGACCGCCGGAGCCCCCCAGGAACAAAGUGACGGUGGUGGGUGUGGGGCAGGUGGGGAUGGCCUGCGCUCUCAGCAUCCUGCUCAGGGAACUGGCUGAUGAGCUGGCUCUGGUGGACGUGAUGGAGGACAAGCUGAAGGGAGAGAUGAUGGACCUGCAACAUGGAAGCCUCUUCCUCAAGACCCCCAAAAUCGUGGCGGACAAAGACUACUCUGUGACGGCAAACUCCCGGAUCGUGGUGGUGACGGCCGGCGUCCGUCAGCAGGAGGGAGAGAGUCGGCUCAACCUGGUGCAAAGAAACGUCAACAUCUUCAAACACAUCAUCCCUCAGAUAGUCAGAUACAGUCCGGACUGCAUCAUCGUGGUGGUGUCCAACCCUGUUGACGUGCUCACCUAUGUCACCUGGAAGCUGAGCGGCCUCCCCCAACACAGAGUCAUCGGCAGCGGCACCAACUUGGAUUCCGCUCGCUUCCGGUUCCUGAUCGCAGACAAGCUGGGCAUUCAUCCCAGCAGCUUCAACGGCUGGAUCCUGGGGGAGCACGGAGACACCAGUGUUCCUGUGUGGAGCGGCACCAAUGUGGCAGGAGUCAGUCUCCAGACCCUCAACCCAGAGAUCGGCACCGACUCUGAUGCAGAGAACUGGAAGGAGACCCACAGGAUGGUGGUGGACAGCGCCUACGAGGUGAUCAGACUGAAGGGCUACACCAACUGGGCCAUCGGUCUCAGUGUCGCUGAUCUGACCGAGAGUCUCAUGAAGAACAUGAACAGGAUUCACCCAGUCUCCACCAUGGUGCAGGGAAUGUACGGCAUCAGUGAGCAGGUCUACCUGAGUCUGCCGUGUGUGCUGAACAGCGGAGGUGUGGCCAGUGUGGUCAACAUGACGCUGACGGAGGACGAGGUGUCUCAGCUGCAGGCCAGCGCCGGGACACUUUGGGAGAUCCAGAAGGACCUGCAGGACGUCUGAGGCAACCACCCACCUCACAGCUGAACCUCACUCUAGAAUUAGAGCUCUUGCCACUGAAUGUAUUAUUCAGAGGACGGCAGGCUGAGAUGCUGCUGUGACCUUUGACCCUGACCAUAUAGAAGUGGGAGCCUCCCGUCAUGGAGAGCAAGGAUGAGUGCAGUCGGACUGUAUCAGUGCACAAUAAAGAGU